AUGAAGACCUCGUCGCGUCCAACGAAACGACUUGCUAGUACAUUGGACGAACAACACGUUGCAUUAUCAAAGAAACCCGAGGUUUGUGAACACAAGCCAUCGGUUGAUUCUACUGCUACUAUCAUCAAUCCAUUGGCAUCAGGUCCCAGUAUAAUUGAAAUCCAUGCGUUUGGCCUCGAAGACCAAGCGGAGGCUCUUAUCUCAAAAGACGCACAGAGCUGGACACUUGCACAUCUGUCCAAAUGGCGUCAUGAUACUUUUAACAAGGCUAUGAUUACUGCAGACAAUCAACAAAGUAUUCAACCUAAUAAUAGUAAACUCAGUAGUAAAGAGUACUUACGGCAACGACAAAGAGCGUACCGUACCCAUUGUCUUGCCUCAUCUAGCAAGCACAAAUAA